AUGAUAACAGAGCAGAUCAUAAUUGUUCUCCUUAAAAAUUUUAAAAUCUAUUUUAGGUCUAAAGAAAUUUUUAUAGACCCUCUACCUGCACUAGUAUGUGGAUUGGUAACAGCGUACACUACUAUGGUGUUGAAUCCUAUCUUGGUGAGUUUUCCAUUCAUCAGUUUGACAAGAAAUUUGGUUUAUACUCUUGUUAGUGAGAAGGCAGAAAGACAAAAAGAAAUUUAAAAAAUUAUGGGCUUAGAGACUUCUUCAUAUAAUAUGGGCUGGAUGAUUUUCUACUACUUAAGAGGCUUUUAUAGCACAAUAUUUUACUUAAUUCCUACUGCUGCUACUGGAGCUCUUACUGUGGACUCUUUCGAUUGGAUUUAAGCUUCUAUUAUGUACUUUUUCAAUAUAGCAAUACAUAUAAAUUUCGCAUUUUUCUUCUCUACUUUCUUCUCAAGACCAAGAAUAGCUUCUGAAAUUUAUCUUCUUGUAUCAUUAGCUUUUUCUUUAAUGUUCUUUGUAGGUGAAGGAUCUAGUACUAGCACCAACAGUUCUUCAUUAUACGCAUUAACUUUCUUCUUCCCUUAAAGCGCCUUAGUACUUUCAUGGCUCGCUGCUGGAUGGUAAGGAUACAGCAAUUUACUUUACUUCACUUUAGGUGAUGCAUUAGUUGUUAUCACAAUAAUGAGUGUAUUCUACUUUGUUGCUUACCUUUACUGCGAUCAGGUUAUCAAAACCGAGUAUGGAACCCACAAGCAUCCACUUUUCUUCUUGGACUUUUUUAAGAAAACUAACAGAAAUUUAUCAAAAGUAGAUAGUCAUGAAUAAUCUGAAUUCAUAGAUUAUGAGGAUAAUAGCUCUGCUUAAUAUCAUGAAAAGAUGAAUACAAGAAACGCAAAAAUAAGUGUUUAAAUUAAAAAUCUUACCAAGUCAUUUGGUAAAUUCAUAGCUGUAGAUGAUAUCUCAUUUACUCUGUUUGAAAAAUAGAUAUUUUGUUUAUUGGGACAUAAUGGAGCAGGUAAGACAACUACUAUAUCUAUGUUGACUGGCUUACUUGAAAAAACAUCUGGAAAAAUUAGCUAUUAUGGAAAGGAUUUAAAUAAAAAUUUCUCAGAUAUAAGAUAAUAUAUCGGACUUUGCACAUAAAAAGAUUCUGUAUACGAUUAACUUACUAUUGAAGAGCACUUGCGCUAUAUGGGAUAAUUGAAAGGAAAAUUCUUUGAUGAGUUAGAAGAAGAUAUUAAGCACACAAUUGAUAAAUGCGCACUUAUAAAUUAAGUAGGCAAAAAAGCUGGCAUUUUGAGUGGUGGUAAUAAAAGAAAGCUUAGUAUGGCUAUGUCAAUCAUUGGAGGAAGUAAAGUCAUAUUCUUAGAUGAACCUUCAAGUGGACUUGACAGUCUAAGUAGAAUUUAGAUCAGAGAAAUUAUUAAUGAGAUAAGAGACUCUGAAAAAACUAUUAUUCUUACAACACAUCACCUUGAAGAAGUUGAAGAAUUGGCUGAUAGAACUGCAAUUAUGUCAAAGGGAAAACUUUUAAUUUUAGGUACUAAUUAAUACAUCAAAAAAAAUUUCUGUGAAGGCUACCAUCUCACUUUGAGUAAAAAGACAAAACCUGAUGAAGUUUAAGCAGUAUUUUUAAAUGAAGAGGAAUAACAAUAAAUUAAAUAACUCGUUAUUGAUACUAUUCCUGAAUCAAAAUAUAAUCCUCAAAGCGCUAAAGGUACUGUUCUAAUGAAUUUGAAUUUUGAAGCUAAAAAUGAAUUGUUGAAUUUAUUCUAAAUUUUAGAAGAAAAGUUUCCUGAAGUUUAAAUUACUCUUGAAGUUAAUACUCUAGAAGAUGCCUUCGUCAACAUAGGUAUGGAUAAGGAAAUCAAUGAAAAAAAUGGAGAAAACAAAAUUAAUUAGGAAAAGUAUACUGAUUUUGAAUCAAUAAAAGUUCCUGAAAGUGUAAAGAAACAUCCUGUCUUUAUCUUCUCCAAUCAAUUAUUAGCUUUGUUCUUGAGGAGAGUUAUAGUAUCUAUGAAAUCUGCUUCUAUGAUUUUUACUUUUAUUUUCCCUCUCCUUAUUCAAAUUGGAGGAGUAGUUCUAAGUAAAUAACUAUAUAAGCCUAAUCUUACUUUGCCAAAAGAGAUUAAUGAUAAUAAAUUUUUGAUGUUAAACACUGAUGCUGCUUUCUAAAUUCUGUCAUAUACUCUAACUAUUACUGGUAUAGCUGCUUCUCCAGUUAUGGAUAAAGAAUAUCGCCUUAGAUACGCCCUUACUGUUAUGGGAUGUAGAAACACACCUUAUUGGUUAGGAUCUUUUAUUUUUGACGUUUUAAUUAUGUUUUCUAUGUUUGGAAUUUUCCUACUAUGCGUACCGAUUAUUGGAUUGAGUGUGUUAACAGACAAUUUAGGGGAAAUAUCUUUAAUUCUGAUUAUUUCUAUCUUCAACUACAUUGGAUUCUCUUAUUUGUUCUCUUUCAUUUAUUCUAAGUCAAAAUGGGUUUAUAUAACUUAUCCAUUUAUCAACUUCUUUAUUUUCUUUGCCGCCUUCUUAGCUGGUUUCUUAUUGAUACCAUAAGAUUAUGUAGCUGUUAAAUAUUUACUUAACAUAUUAUCACCUUUCCUAUCAACUUCUAAUGCUAUCGGAAUACUUGCAUAUAGUAAAUAUCAAAAUAAAUUACCUAACUGUGGACCUUAAUUGCCAAAUGAGACCUAUAAAUAAUGGAAAGAGAGAGUUUAACCAGGAUAAUUAUGCUUUUAACCCAGUUAUGAUGGAGAAGUUUAAGAAGAUCCUUCAUGGAUGAAAAUAUAUCCUGGCAGUUUGGGAAAUUACUAAACUUAUGUUUACAUUCUCUUAGUAUAAGGAAUAAUCUUUAUUUGCCUAUCUAUUUUGAUUGACUUUUUAAUUUAGUAACUACCUAAUAAAUCUAUGAAAGGUGAAGAUUAUUCAGAAAUCGAAAAAGAUUAGCAUGUGGCAGAAGAAGUUCAUCAAGAAGAUUAAAGAGUAGCUGAUCCAAGCUGCAAAGAUAAAAUAAAAGUUUCUAAACUUUACAAGACCUAUUACCCAGAUGGAAAGCCUUUUACUGCUAUCUCCAAUAACUCUUUUGGUGUUGAUUCUGGUGAAGUUAUGGGUUUACUUGGACCUAACGGAGCGGGUAAAUCUACUACAUUUAAUAUUAUUACUUCUCUCAUUACUAAAAGCUCUGGAUCUGUUUAACUCAAAGGAGUUGAAGUAAAAAGUGGCUAGCUUGACGUGUAUUAAGAUGUAGGUAUAUGUCCUUAGUUUGACAGUUUAUAUGAAAAUUUGACAGUAGAAGAUCAUCUAAAACUGUUUGGUAGAAUGAAAGGAUUAAAAGGACAAGAUCUUAAAGAGUGCGUAGACUAUUUUAUUUAAGUUAUGUAGCUUAGUGAUUAUAGAACUAGAAAAGCAGGUAACUUAAGUGGUGGUAACAAAAGAAAGCUUUGUGUUACCAUAGCUCUUAUCGGAGGUCCAGAUCUUUAAUUCUUUGAUGAGCCAUCAUCUGGAGUUGAUCCUAUUGCAAGGCGCUUUUUAUGGAAUACACUUAAAUAGAGUUUGAAGGUAAGAGACAGCUCUAUAGUUUUGACUACUCAUUCUAUGCAAGAGGCUGAAUCACUUUGCUCUAAAAUAGGUAUCUUGGUCAAUGGUAAAUUCUAAUGCUUAGGAAGUCCAAAUUUCCUCAAAAAGAAGUAUGGUGAUGGUUAUAGACUUACAAUCAAAUGUAAGAAUGAAGAUUGUGCUUCUUAUAUUGAAUCUUAGUUGUUAAGUAAAAUUAGUAACUGUAAAGUAUCUUAAAAGUUUGAUGGAAGGUAAAUAGGAUUUUCGAUUUAAUACUAAAACUUCUCAUUCUAUAAGACUUACAUGAUACUAAAUGAGCUUUAGUAAGUAAAGAUUUCAGACAUACCAGUGUAACAAAAUCAUUAAGUUGUAAUUGAAAUACCAUCUUCUUCUAAAGUUAACAAGAAAAAUACUACCUAAAAUUCUAUGGUAAUAGAUUCAUAUUAACUAACUGAAAUGACAUUGGAGUAAAUUUUCAUUCAUUUCUCUCAACAACAAAAGAAAAAUGAUGAAGAAAAUGAAAAGAAAGUGAAAAGAAAAAGAUUUUUAUGCUUCUGA